AUCACUGAACGAAAGGCCGACGUGGCCUAUUUUAUUGCACACGUCGCACUUGAGAGAAGAGCCGGGAGUAGACUGCAUAAAAUCAAUUUACAUGUUAUCCGAAACUGGAAAACGUCUUCGGCCUCCAGUGAACAGGCAACUCAUUCCCGGAACACGCGUCAAUGUCAAAAGUCCAAGUAAGCAAAACCACAAACUGCAAUUGUUCCCGAGACCUCCGAUGGGAUCAGACAGGGACGACAGUAUUCGCACAAGGGACUAUACAAUCGGUAAUGGUCAAUGUUGCGGUACUCGUCAGUAGAGGAGACGUCAGGGCGCGUGCCGUCUGCAUUGUACCAGCCAAGGUCGUCUCAGGCCGCCCGUUGGAAUCGGUCGGCGGAUUGGGCGGCAUGAUGGUCGCCGUGGUUGCACCGGCGAGUGGCGUGACAGACGUAAUCCCGUUCCCGGCUGCGGUCGGCGUGUUCCCGGUUGUCGUUGGUAGGCCGGUAUCUGCGUUCUGGCUGCCUGCGGUGGUGCCGGGCGGGGUCGGUGGUGCAUCCAGGGUUGGAGUAGUGGCCGCACCAGUGGCCGUCAGCACAGUGUCGGUAAGAACGGCCGCCGUCAACGUCGGCGCACCAGCCACUGCGGGGUCAGCAGUAUCAGUCCGAAAACUGGUGGUCGCGGUUGUUAAGGUGGACAACGACGUCUCGACUUGCACUCCAGCAGGAUUUGUCCGUGUGAUGAGUGUGGUCAGUGUCUGGCGUGUGCUAGAGACACAGCCAACAGUGCCACUCUGAUCCAGACUCACCGCACCAAUGUUACCCCGCCCGUUCUUGAUCUCAACGUGGCUGCAAGUCAAUGCCGCCUGUCCCGCACACUGCCUGUGGAGAGUCAGCAACUGCCUCGAACACGCGAGCCGCACACCCACCAAAUAAUAUAUGCGUCCCCAUUUGGCAAAUCUACCGGCACAGACAGCUGGGCGAGCUCAAAAUCGGUACAUUGAAUGGCUUCGAAGGACCAAUUGAUAGGCA